AUGACCACCAAUCAAUCGAAUCUGUACUCUACCAACAUCUACGCCCCUUUGGACCACUGCUCGCAGCAAAUUCGGAUCCUUGAGCUGCUACCAGGGUCUUUCGACGAUGAAAUAGAGUGUAGACUCAAGACGAUCACCCCAAGCGCAUCAUAUGAGGCAUUGUCGUAUGUCUGGGGAGAUCCCCAAGACACAAGAACUAUCAAGGUGCAGGGCGAAACCAUGAACGUUACAGCGAAUCUCGAGAGCGCUUUGCGGCAUCUCCGAAGAGUGAGGGAAGCUCUAGAACUGUGGGUCGAUGCUGUUUGCAUCAAUCAAACCGACAACGCUGAACGCAAGCACCAAGUCGGAAUGAUGGACCUCAUUUACCGCGGUGCUGAAAGGGUUGUCGUAUGGCUAGGUAGUGGCGCGGACGGAUACCAUGAGAGCAUCCCCAAACUCAUACAAUAUUUUGGAUCAUCUCCUGAUCGUCAUUGGCGAGUCCCAGAGGUUCAAGAUGACAAGUCGAUCGCAUUCCUCACAGAGGCAACGCUUUUCAGGCUGUUCAUGUUUUUGAAGUCGACGGACUGGUACAAGCGGAUCUGGACCGUCCAGGAGAUUCUCCUCGCAAAGUCGGUGACGCAUGUGUGUGGCAAGCACGUGUUUGCCAAUGGAGAGAUCGACAACAUGGCUCAAAGCUUCAACAAGCAUUUCUCAUCUGAGAAAUGCUGCGACAUCGAUGGUUUGAUGCCGGCAGGCCUGGCCGUCAGCGGACGAUCCCUCUCGCAAGAGAUGUCUCCCUACCUGAGGCAAAUUGGCCUCAUUCUCAGAACCGCCAAAGAUCAGCGCGCCUCCCCUGGCCAAUCUCACUUCUUGGAGCUGGCAUCUACAUUCCGAUAUCGAGACGCCACCAAUCCUAAAGACAAGAUUUACGGCGUGCUCGGGCUUACGAAUAGCCUCGACAAAGACAUCAUUGACUACGAGGCAACAGUUGCCGAUGCUUACGCAAGAGCCGCUAUCAGCCUUAUCGAAAGGGACGGAAAUUUAGACGUACUAUCACACGUGCUUCCCUCCAUGUCGCAAGAGUACCUUGAGCAUGGCUACAUUCAUCGUCCACCGCCUGGACUUCCUUCCUGGGUCCCUGAUUGGAGCGACAAAAGGCCCGGGGAGUACUGGCGACUGCGAUUGCUGCAUGAAAGGCAAAAUUAUGCACCUUGCUUCGAAGCCUGCGGGCAAGGCUUAACGGCAUCCACGCAGAUCUGUGCCAACGACCUCAAAAGGUUGAUCCUGAAUGGCCGUCUCGGUGGUUCCAUCUCCAAGAUUGGAGAGCCUAACGAGCCUCAUCCUCCCAGCGACAGCGGGAGCUACCACGCAGAUACCCUUCGACAGUGGCGGGAAAUGGCCAACGUGGAUAGAAAGCCUCAAGAUCCCUAUUGCGGACAAGAGGACGCGGUCUCUUCAUGA